AUGCUCAGAUUCCAGGAGUGUGCCCUCUACUAUGAGAUCCAAGAAAGUCCAUCAGCAGGUGGUUAUCGGGAGCUUGCCACGAAAGAAAAAACAAAAACUCCCAAACCACCCCUGCUCUCUAGCCGGGAGAUGACACAUCAUCCCCAGGCACAGACGAAAUAUACCCAGUGCAGGAUGCUGGGAGCCCCAGCGCCUGGACAGCAUCCUUGUCCCAGCCACUCUCACUCCAUCUGUCCCCCCGGCACUUUCAAGGCUCUGAGGGCCUCAGGGAAGAGUGAAGGGGCCAUGAAAGUUACCAGAGAAAUCAGUGACUUGGACAAGAAGACCAUGAGGGACGUGGAGAGAAGCAGCACUCGCCAGAGUGCGCAGAUGAGGCGUGCAGUCAACCCGAUUCACUCACUAAGGCGUUGUUCGAUGUGGUGUUUUUCGUCGUAUAGACGCUGCCUUGGCCUGGGUGCUGUGGAGGGAGCAUUGCUUCUUGGCCCCUUCCGCAGCCUGAGUAUUUAUUUAUAUGUGUGCCUGUUGUGGGAGCAGGGACAUCAGGCCAUCAUAAUCAGGAGCAUAACCCAGGAGUAUGUCAUGCUGAAAAACGACUCUCAGAAAAGCCUCCGGCAAAGCCGAACUUCACGGGUUUCUGUCACAGAGGAUACCAAAGGCCGGAAUGUGAGGCAGUCCAACACCAGUAUGACUUCUCGAGUCUCCUUCGUGGAGCCUGGAGAGAAGCCAUCUCAUCCUUCUUCGCCUGCUAUACAGACCCCUGAGAAAGCACCCACCCCUCCCCGGGAGCCAGAACAGCCUGCCACGCCACCUCCAACUCCACCCCCACCCCCAACCCCUCCUCCAACUCCAUCUCCAAGCUCAGAGGUGUUUAAGGCCUGGUCAUCCCUGGAAUGGAAGAGCUCGAAGUCCUCACUCACCCUAAACUCCAAGGACACAAGUGAAGACACCGAUGAGGAUGUUUCCAACUGGACUCCCGGCAGACCCAGGCCACCCAAACCUAAGAAUGCUAUCACCAUUGCUGUCUCUUCCCGGGCACUCUUCAAUAUGGAGGAAGACAGUAAAAUCUUUGAGAAGGAAGGACUGGAGAAGUACAUGGCGUACCAGAUCACCAAUGAGAAUGUCAUUCUGAGACCUGGACCCGCCUUUGGCUUUGUGAAGGCCCUGCAGAAUGUCAAUGCCAGACUGCGUAGUCUUUAUCCCAGUGAACAGGACUUGUUUGAUAUUGUGCUGAUGACUAAUAACCAUGCCCAAGUGGGGGUGAGGCUCAUAAACAGCAUCAAUCACCAUGGCUUAUUAAUUGAUCGCUUCUGCCUGACUGGUGGAGAAAGCCCUAUUGGCUAUCUAAAGACGUAUCUUACAAACCUGUAUCUUUCUGCAGAUUCUGAUAAGGUACAAGAAGCCAUAGAAGAAGGGAUUGCCGCAGCUACGAUGUACUUGGGGAACAAAGACUUGCCAUUCUCAGAUACGCAGCUCCGAGUGGCCUUCGAUGGCGACGCUCUCCUUUUUUCCAACGACUUUGACAAGAAUGCCAAUGCAAAAGCACCGGACAAGUCUGCCCAGCAAGAACUGUUUAGCAAGGACAAGCCUCUUGCCCAGGGUCCCUUGAAACAAUUCCUAGAAGACUUAGGGCGGCUGCAAAAGAAGUUUUAUGCCAAAGAUGAGAGGCUGCUCUGUCCCAUCAGGACCUACCUCAUCACAGCCAGGAGUGCUGCCAGCUCUGGGGCCCGAGUGCUCAAGAUGCUCCGCACCUGGGGCCUUGAAAUCGAUGAAGCACUCUUCCUGGCCGGGGCCCCCAAGGGGCCCAUCUUGGUCAAAAUACGGCCCCACAUCUUCUUUGAUGACCACAUGUUCCACAUCAAGGGAGUGCAGAAGUUUGGCACCAUCGUAGCCAGCGUACCCUUCCCCAACCAUCGCAGAAGUAGCAUAAGUCAGGAAUGGGAGAAGAAAUAA